CUAGUAGGCACCAGAGUAAUAUAGCUUCAACCUGUAUAGAAUUCACUGCUACUUACCUGCAGUUGAAGAAAUCUGUAUCUAAUACCGAGAAGACAUUUUUGACACAAACAAUAUGGUUAAGUAAACAUAUAUAUACUUCUCAAACUGGUCGAAGUAGCACAAACUAAGGAACAAAUUACAAAUUACGAAUGACAUAUUUUGCAAAUCGCAUAGUAUGAAAGGUUACAGUAGCAAAUGACGAACCUCCUCAAACAUCGAACAAAUCUCCACGAAUUACGAAGUACCAAUUGCGAAUUACGAAUCGCGCAUAGUGUGACGCUAGCAUUAGGUAUCAUUGGAGCUAUAUAAAUAUGAAAUAAAUACGCUGAAUUUGUGUAAUGCGGGAUCAUUCCAAUACAAGGAGAAAAAGCCGGAUGUAGUCGAUGCAACAAAAGUUAGGUCCUUCAAUGAACCUUUAGUAUGCAAUGCAAUUAUGCCAGUACCAAAGAAUGCAAGCUGCUACAACAUGAAUCAUAAAAAUCGCGGCAAUUGUAUAAUCUUCAAUCAUGACAAAUUUAACAGUGGUAGAUUCGAUAGUCGAGAGGGUUCGACAAUUGACGUGAAAAGGCUGGAAAUAACUUUUGGGAAUCUUGGAUUCGAUGUUACAGUUCAUGACAAUUUGAAAUACAAUGAAAUUAUGAUAGAGAUAGAAAAAGUAAGUCAGCUCGAUCAUAAGGAUAACGAUUGCCUUUGCAUCAUUACACUAACUCAUGGAACUCGCAACGAUUGGUUAUGCGCGAGAGAUGUCGUAUACCCAUCUGAUGAGCUUUGGAAGCCUUUUACUGCCGAUAAAUACACGUCACUUGCAGGCAAACCUAAGCUGUUCUUUUUUCAAGCCUGCAGAGGCGAGGACGCCGACGGUCCCGUUUUACUCGAGUGUCGCGAGAUCCCGGAAGAAACGGCAUCUGAUACGAUAAAAGCUUCUUAUACUAUUCCAACUCAUGCAGAUUUUCUGAUAGCUCACGGCUCAAUUAAAGGUUAUCUUUCCUGGAGAGAUCCCAAAAAAGGCACGUGGUAUAUACAAUCCUUAUGCGAUAUUUUGGAUGUACAUGCAAAAGAUCAUGAUUUGAUGACUAUGUUGACCAUGACAGCGCAAAAGACCGCCACAGAAUUUGUCACCUUUCAUUCCAAUAAUGAUUUACACAAUAAGAAACAGAUGCCAUCAGUGACAACGAUGUUACUUAGAUCCGUUUAUUUCCCGCCAAAAUUAAUGAACAAUUCAGAAAAAAAAGUAGAGAAGUAACGCGUUACUUGUAACGCCUGCAAUAAGGCGAUACGGUCGAAAGUCGGACACUGUAAUUUAUGUUUCUAUUUUUUUAUAAAACACUUCAGUAUUUAAUAAAAAUUAAUAAAAUAAAUGCAUAAAAAAAGAGGAGUGUAUAUUUUAAUAUUAUUAUUAAUAAUGUACUGUGCAUUGCAUUAUACAAUCAAAUAAGUAUAUUACACAAAAUUUUCAUUUUUGAAAGAAAAUAAAUAUUUUAAGAUAAAUCAA